AUGCCUCACACAGCAGUGGUGGGUGAGAAGGUCUUCUUGGAAUGGCUUAGUCACGCCCCACUCUUCGAGGUCCUGGCACGCGUGCCAUAUCGAUGCUCCUGGCGCCAAUCCGAGCUGGGCGAUAUGUCCACAGUUGCCCUAGCCCUCUCGGCGCACACUGUAAGAUGCGUGGUGCCCGUCGGAUCCACGCCCCACGCCACUUGGGUGCGUCUCGAGGGUCCCACGGGCCAGGUGGUGGUGGACGGGCCUUUGUUUCGAUACAUCGUGCCCAUGGUUUCCCCGUGGUGGCUGGAGGACACCGCGACCACGCCGAGUGCAUCAUCCAUGACAUCAGCAGUACCUAUCUCACAGCCGACUCCGGCCGGCCCUGCUCCGCCAGGGGAGCCUCCAAUGGAUCCGGAAAGGCUCGCAGAACAAGCUCUCGUUGUGGACGCCGUGCCGCUCUCUGUGGUCCCGCCAACCACACUGACGAUCGUGGUCAAGUCGUUGUCUCCCUCCCGAGGGGCCGUGACGGGCGGCACCACGGUGCGUGUGACGGUCAGGAUUCCAGAAGACACCGACGAGCCCUACGCAUUGUGGUGCGUUUUCGGAGACCACCCGCCGACGCAAGCGAUUCGCGCGGAUGGGGACGGGCAGACAUGGAAUCGCAAAUUGGAGGGUGAUCGCCUGGGCUUGAACCCUCCACCAUGGAUGGAUUUGCUUUGCAGGACGCCCGAGCACCCCAUCGCCGAGCAAGUGCCCUUCUACGUCACUCGCUCCAAUGAGUUUCGACCAGGCUCUGCGCCAGAUGGCUCUCGGAUGUUCUCCUACACUCCAUACCCUGAGAUGUUCGCUCUCACACCAGCAUUGGUGUCCCACUUCUCGGUGGACCGCGAGGUGACGAUCCACCUGGAGGACCUGGAGAGCGGUGCUCAAUCUGUGCUCCUGUCUACGCUGAAUGACAACGUGGACUGUGCGCUGCUCGGGUUCGACACAGCGACUACCAAUGGCGACUGGGCUUGCCUGGCAUUGAAUGCUUCUGAUGACGUCAAUGCUACCGAAAUGACGGGCUGCAAGGAGAAGACCUUGGGCCAGUUGUUCGAUGGGCUUGGUGGAUCAUCCAACAGCAUUCCGAUCUCCGGCUAUGCCAUUUCCACAGAAGGCAUUCUCUCCAAGGGAUCCCAGCUGGCGGAUGGAAAUGGCCUGGCGGCAGUGUCUUGCAUGCUGCCCACGCAGUUUAUCCCGCUGGCUACUGCCGGACAGGACUUGGCGAUGGAUCCGAUCCCCACGCGGGCAGCGGUUCGGAAGACAGGCUACGAAUCCACUGAAUCGUAUUCUCCGAAGUGGCUGGAGCCAGGGGAAUUCCCGGUGAAGGUGGAAAUGGACCCAACAGAGCCGGCGAUCGGAUCGCCCGUUGAGUCCCACUUUGACCUGAACUUCCGCAUCGCCGUGUCCUUUAACGGACCAGAUGGCGACUUCUACAUCGCUUCCGGGCGGGUGGCCUCCACGCCCUUCUCGCUGCCCUACGCCCUCGAGCGCCCCUACGGCUGGGCAGAGGGCGGAGCGGCAGUGAAACUGCACGGCGUCACCUGGCCGGAGGAUGCUGACCUGGACCUGACACUGAUUUUUGUCUUCAGCGACCGCGACGUCAUGAGCCACUGCCACCGUGUCUCUAUGAAGAUUGCAGAGUGUGUUGUGCCAACUCCAGCGACAUCCGGCUCGUCAACGGUUCCUCUGCAGAUGAUGGCCACGCGCAGCGGCGAAACUGCGACCUACGACCUGCCGGGACUUAGCUACAACUUCAUGGCUGUACCGACCGUGGAUGCCGUCGUCCCGAACAGCGCGGCGUUGGCGGGCGGCACUUGGAUCGAAGUGACCGGAGGUCCCUUUGACGCACGGGUGGAGUAUUGGUGCGUGUUCUUGCCGCCUCUGCCGGGAGUGAUCCCGGAUCUUCCGGCCUUUGGCCGCGGGCCCGGGAGGUAUCUGAACUUCACCACGAUCCUCUGUGAGACGCCUCGGCAGCUGCUUCCCUCUGUCUGUACUCUUACAUUGGCCUCCGACCAAUCCAUGACGAACCUGGGAAUUGGCCACCUUCCCUUCGAGUUCUACGCACCUAUGGUGGUCGAAGAGGAGGACUCCGAGUACAAUGCAUCGGAAAUCAUCGCUGCCGCAGAAUCCCAGAGGAAGCUUGCCAUGAUGAGUGCGCGGCAGGAGGAGGAGCCGAUGCCCAGGCAGCCAGCCACAGCCCCGCCCGUGGUGCCGGACGAGCCAGAGCCUGUGCCCGUGUUCCCAGCCAACAACACCGCGCUGUCGAUACCGUCUUCCACAUCUUUUGUGUCUUCGGCUUUCAAUGUGACGACCUAUCAGCCAGGAGUCCGAAUCCUGCACAUCGCGCCCCGGUCGUUCCUACCCUACCGUGACUCCACUUCUGGAAAGCCGCAUAUCAUUCACCUCACGGUGGGAGGCUUGUCGGAGAACAUCCACAACUGUGUCGUCCGCUUCGGCGACGUGGAUGCCAAUGCGACAAGGGUGGCCAAUUCGUCUUUGAUCGAAACCAUCGUCCCGCCGGCCUUCACGAACAUAACCGUGCCCUUGCACAUCUACUGCGGUCAGGAGCUGCUGCAGGUCACCUACCCUCAGACCUGGAUCUUCAGGUACGUUUUCUUGCCAGAGGUCCACGCAGUGGAUCCAGAGGAGGCCGAUGCCCAGAGCAGAGAAUGGUUGACACUCCACGGUCGCUACUUCGAAGACUACCCAGGCCGGGCGUGCAUGAUCGGAGGUCAGCUGGUUCAGAACGUGGCGGUGCGCUGGCUAAGUUCAAGCAUGGUCCAGUGCCGCAUGCCGCUCUGGAAACAGGAUGCGCCACUCCUGACUGUCGCCUACUCCAACGACGGAGCCUACUUCUCCGGCGAGGUCGUCGUGGUAAACACCUGGGUCCGAAUUCGCCUCUUCGAUGUUCAGCCUCGUGUGAUCUAUGUCGCCGAGCCGCGGAACAUUACUCUUUAUGGUUUCAACUUCAUCCCAGGGCUGCAGUGCCUCUUCAACGACUUCCUUCGUGUGGCGCCGUUCUACUUGCAGCACGAGAUGCUCACUUGUGAGAUGCCUCCUGCUUUCAUGAAAGUCGGCGUGGGCAACGUCACGGUCCGUCUUGUGAUGCGCAGCGACUAUGCGCGGCAGACGAAGUACGCUCUGGAGGAAGGAAGCUUCUCCAUAGCUUUGGACGAUCGACCACCGCCCAUGACAGUUCAGCCAGCUGACUACCGGCAGAAGGAGGAGGAGCACGAGGAUCGUGAUCAUGAGAUGAUGGACGCGGAGUUCCGCAGGUACAACGGUCACCUGAUGCCGCCAUCUCCAGAAGACUUGCCGCCAGAGAGGCCCAACGAGACGGUGCGAUCGUACUGGUUUCCUUCGACAGUGUCCGAUGGAAGCCAAGUCAACUAUCCGCGCAUCUCGAUCUCGCCGCAGCGGAGUCCGCUGGAUGGAAUCGAGGUGAUCAUGCGGACGGACGGCUUCUACAUCCCGCCCUACGCUCGAUGCAGAUGCCGUUUCGGCAAUACCCAGGUCCCUGCGUACUGCGUGGCGCGAAGACAGCAAGUGCAAUGCAGGGCGCCUCCCGUCACUGGCGCUCAGACCGUUGAAGCCCAGUUCUCUGUCAACGACGGGGCUGACUGGGGCUAUCCUCCAGCCAAGUUUGCGCAGCUUGGUACUACGCACCUCCACUCUUCGACUCCAUAUCGCCACCUCUGGGAUCGCUACAGGGAGUGA